CAAAGCAAAAUUCACAAACAGGAACAGGACUGCCAGCCAUAAUAAGCAUCCAGCUGUGGCAAUCAGGACCAACUGAUGGACUCCUCAGCUGAGCUCUUCAUUUUCCUUUUAAUCUACUUUUAUGCUCUUCAAGCUGACUGAUGUCCCUCUCUGCUACCCCCAUAGCAGUCAUCCUAGAAGUUCCCAUUUGGUUUAUACCUCACGUUUCUGUGAGCUCUCCUUUGCCUACUUUCUUGGGGUCUGGAAACACUCCCAAAAUGAUCCUCCACCCUGUGAUUGCGUUAUGGAUUUUGCCACUGUCUGACCUUAGGCUGCCACAGAACCCAAAUUUCCUGCUACUCGACUGGCUUUGCAGUAUUUUGACAUGACCUAUGGAGUGCAGUUUGGGGAUCUUUGGCCAUCCAUCCGGGUCAGUCUUCUCUCAGAGCAGAAGUAUGGUGCACUGGUUAAUAACUUUGCUGCCUGCGAUCAUGUGAGUGCUGAACUGGAGCAGCUGCAUGCCAGGGAUUUUGUGAAUAAAGCCCACUCCCAUGGGGAACUGGGGCCUGAGAGUGGUCAAAUGGCAGUUCCAUCCCCAGCUUCCUGGGCCUGCAGUCCAAACCUUCGAUGCUUCACUUUCACCAGAGGGGAUGUCAGCCGUUUCCCCCCUGCCAGGCUUUGCAGCCUGGGUGUCAUGGACUACUACCUGAUGGAUGCUGCCUCUUUGCUGCCUGUCCUGGCCCUUGGCCUGCAGCCUGGUGACACGGUGCUUGACUUAUGUGCAGCCCCUGGGGGAAAGACACUAGCAUUGCUUCAGACUGGCUGUUGCCGCAAUCUUGCUGCCAAUGAUCUCUCCACUUCCCGAACAGGCAGACUUCAGAAGGUCCUUCACAGCUAUGUACCACAAGAUAUUAGGGAUAAGAGUCGAGUUCGAGUCACCUCAUGGGAUGGCAGGAAGUGGGGAGAACUGGAGGGGGACACCUAUGACCGGGUGCUGGUGGAUGUGCCCUGCACCACAGAUCGCCACUCCCUUCAUGAGGAGGAGAACAACAUUUUUCAGCGGUCGAGAAAGAAGGAGCGGCAGAUGUUACCUAUGCUGCAGGUGCAGCUUCUUGCGGCUGGACUCCUUGCCACCAAACCAGGAGGCCACGUUGUCUAUUCCACCUGCUCACUCUCACACUUACAGAAUGAGUAUGUGGUUCAAGGCACUAUCGAGCUCCUGGCCAAUCAAUAUAACAUCGAAGUUCAGGUGGAAGACCUAACUCACUUCCGAAAGCUUUUCAUGGACACAUUCUCUUUUUUCCUAUCCUGCCAGGUUGGGGAGCUGGUAAUCCCGAAUCUCAUGGCCAAUUUUGGGCCUAUGUACUUUUGCAAAAUGUGUAGACUGACAUAGCAUCACCCUGUUCCUGGAGCCCUGUGUGAAGACAAAGGGUGUACUCCCAUGGAGGCACCAGAAACUGAGACAAUUGGCAAAGAUGCACUCUGGGUCCUGUCUCCAUCCUGUUCAAGUCUUUCUAUAGAUAGUUUUUAGCAACAGGAAGUAGGAGUUUUUCUAUCCUGCUGUCCAAUUGUGGAGCAUCAGGUUUCUAGCUCACUUAUUAUAUCCCACCCCUCACUUCCCAUCUCUAAGCCUGUACUAAAGGUUCCUGUCCCAUUGGGGGCUUAGGAGGAGGAGCCAGUGAGCAGGCCCAUACUUUAAACUGUAAACUUGGAAAGAAGCAUUUAGCCAAUAAAACUGUUGAAGCUCCAUAGAGCUAAGGCUGUGGUUGGGGGCCUUAUGUUACUCCAAGUACUGUUAGUUCUACUUGUACCAGCUGCUGCUACUGAGCACUAGCUCCUAGGUGCCCAAUGCCCAGGACCUCAGUCUGGUUAAAGGCUUCUGGUUACAGAGCCCCUCUUACACUUGAAGUGGUUUUGCAUGAUCAGUCUUGAGCAGUCGGUGGGCCCAAACAAGUCUACCUUAGUUUUUCCAUAUGGCCUAUGAUCUAAUAUAAGAAACAAGUAACUGAAAAUGUUAAGCCAAUACAGUCUCCUUAUUUACAAUGAGAAAGCUCUCCUGAGCUGAAUAAUUCCAGCUAUUCCUCCUCCUGCCAACAGCACUGCUGCCCAAUUGUGGCUGGGGAAGCUGCUCUCCCACAGGGCUGUGUAACUCCUGUGUGUGUCUCUUCUUUUGUUUAAUCCUCUAGCAAGUAUUCCUUGAACUCAUGUAUGGCAGGUAGCCAGGGGGCUGCUGGAGAUGUAGCAGUUGGGAUUGUGGGGGAUAAUGAUGCUCAUCCUUGGGAAUGGCAGUGCUCCUCCUUUGCUUUUUGAGCACCUAGGAAUUUCCUAAUGUAUUAUUAUAUUCUGUUCUUUUUUUCUUUUGUUUUGUUUUUCCUUGUUCCUGGUCUGUGGCUGAGCUCUGGUGCCAGUUGUUUGGCACACCUCAAAUCACUCAGAGUUCUUCCUCCAGCAUCAUAGGGCCUCACCUCACACAGUGUGUUUUGGGAGCAACAUUACAUCAUUUUACUAUUUGCAUGCUAGUUAUGUUGUUUUUGUAACUUUAGCACAAAUAAAGCAAAACUUAAUGACAGGGAUAUUAAAAAUUGCUUGUGGUCACUUGUAGAUAUUGCUUUUUUUAUUAAAUUUUUUCUUCCUGAAAAACUGGA